AUGACCGGGCCCGCCCAGGAAGAGCUCAAGGAAAUCGUCGAAAAAAAACUGAGUGCUCACGGCUACACCAACAUGAAAGGCGGCCUCGAGACCGGCCUCCAGGUCCUCGACGGCCGCCAGCACAAGAGCAGCCGCAUCUCCAGCAUCGUUCUCAUGUCUGAUGGGAAGGAGUACCCAACAAGUGGUGCUAGAGAUGUGGAUGUCAGCGGUGUGGCGGUAUACACGUUUGGUUUUGGUGAAGACCACGACGAGAAGCUGCUGGGGGCGAUCGCGAACAAUAGCCACGGAGGAACAUUUCUUUACGUCAAGGACGAGGAGAGCCUUACCGGGCGCUUCGCGGAGAUCCUGGGUGGCCUCCUCGGCGUCGUGGUCCAGAACCUCAAGCUCACCGUGUGGCAGCAGCAAGGACACUCCACCAUUGAGAAGGUGGACGCCGGGAGCUACCCCCAGAAUGUGGACGAGAACGUCCACUCAGUCACCGUCAGCUUCGGCGAUCUCUUCAGCGGCGAAUUCCGCAAGGUUAUCAUCCACCUCCUCCCCGCCGUCGACAGGGAGUACCGUGCGACAGCCAUCAUCGCCGCCCAAUGCUCGUAUAGGUACAAGUCCCAACUUGACAUUCGUUUAUCGAUCUAG